UGAUAAAAAUCCGCAAUUUUUAGAAUACAUCUUUGGAAUGGUCAGAACUAGAGCAAUGUCCUUCCGGGAAGAAAAUGAACCCGAAAUUUUAGUGGCAAAUGAUAGUAAUGAGGGUAUCCUUGCUGAACCUUGCGACAGUGACGAAAGUAACCCCGGGGUGUCUGGCACUUUAGGCACUGUUUUAAGCACAAGAUUUGGCGAAGGUCUUCCAACAUUUGGUGAGGGAACUCUCCAGGAUGUAUUACAAAGUCUACUUUAUAGAGACGCCGAGGAAGAUGAGGAUUUUGAAGCAGCUGGAGAGGUUUCCAGCGACAGUGACGAAGACUCAGACGAUGAUUUAAUGGAGGUUGAUGAAAACACGGAUUCAGAUUUUGAGAUGAUAGUUGCUGAGAGGAGAAGAAGAGAGUCUGAAAGGGAACUGGAGUUGGAAUUGGAGAGGGAACGAAGUGAACCGGAGGGCGGCGGGUUAGUUCGACUGCCUAUUUCUGAGAAGAAACUGGUUUUCAUGUUUGUUUACAGAGAUGAUUUAUCAUCGGAUCAGUUUGUAGAAAGGGUUCUGAAGAGCUCUGAAAUAAAACAAAAGCUGGAGCAGAGAUGUAUUCUUUGGGGAAGAUACUGUGGUUCUCAAAAGAAAGUUAAGCAGCUUAAUCGCGAGAUUAACAGUAUGUACGGAAUGAGAAGAUUAACCAAAGAUCUUCUGACUGGAUUGACAAUAUUCUGGUUGAUGGAAAGAAAUGGAAAUUUCAAAAUAAUCUCUUCUCAUAAAACACAAGAUCUAUCAACACCAGAGAUGUUUAUGCAAGUUUUUGAUGCAAACAGUUUACAAUUCAGUACUGAAAUGGAGAAGGUUGCCAUGAGAGAGAGAGAUAGAUCUAUCAGAAGACAACAGCUUCAAGAGUAUAAAGCAGCACAACAGGAAGAUCUACAACGGGAGAAGGAUGUAGCUUUGAUGCAAGAAAACCAGGAGAAGGAAGCAGCUCUAGAGAAGGAGAUACAGGAGAAAGAAGCAGCAAGAUUGGAAACUGCAAAAGAAGCAGCUGAAUCCAGAUUACCUGAUGAACCUGAACCUGGAAGCGAGGAUUGUUAUUAUGUUAGAAUCCAGGUUCCUACAGAGUUACUGGAGAGAAGGUUCCUAGGAGAACAUACUGUUGGGAACCUGGUAGAUCUAGUUCUUAGCAGAGGUCUCAGGGAAAAUAGUUUCCAGCUAGUUUCAUAUCCAAGGAUAAAUAUCUCAGUACCAUACAGUACUCCGAUAUCUCAGCUAGGGUUAGGAACUAGGUUUCUUCUUCAAGCAGUGAAUAUCAACUCUGAUUAAACCAGGGGCCAGAACAGAUUUAUUAAAUAUGACUAUAUAGUAAAUUUAAUAAUAGAUAGCCUUUAAACAUAAUAAAAAGUUUAGUGGUAGUUAAA